GCUCGACCGCGACUGGUAUCGACAACUUGCUCCACCCACCAUCCACCAUUGCUGCCCACAAAUAGUCUGGUUGUGGUAUAAUUCUGUCAUGAAAAGGAAAUUCAGAUACGACGACGUCGAAGGGUUGGAAAUCCUUACCCGAGUGUUGGGAGACGGGAAUGGCCCAUUGUACUGCUCCCGCCAGCUCCGUACCUUGGAAUGUUACAUCAACAAAGGUGGGCCCAAAUGAGGGACAUGAACGCGUACCAUCUGGACCUGACACCAUUGACACUUUGGGGAUAAAGAAGAGCCAUUCGUAUAUCUUGAUCAGACCCGUUAAAGGAAUGCAGAUACGAAUGACGCAGCAAUGUACUCCGAGACGAGCUAUUUCUAAGAGAAGGUGGCGGAAAAGUGAGGUGGGCGAAGACGGCAAUAACAAUAGUACUCACGCCAUGGUCCACAUAGGCUCAAUCUUUCCUGUCGCUCUGUAUUCUGGAGCUCCGUUGCUAAAAUCGUCUUUCCAUUCAGACGCUCCAAAAUGUUCACAAACGACUGCGGCUACAGCAUUUGCCAGUAGUUCAGGACGCUCUGUCAUCCAAAGUGUUUCACUCAGAUGUCCACCGGACAUGUGUCCCGUCGUAAUAACGAAACUAAAUCGCCAAUAAAAUCAAACACACUAUGAGAUGAAGGGAAGAGAGCAUACUCGAUAUUGAUUCUCGGCCG